CAGUCCCGUCUCUCCCUUGGACUCUCAACUAACAUUCAAUUUCUUUAGAUAUCUUCAGACUUAAUAUCAUUGUCUCGCCAUGGACGCUCUCAAGGCAGAGAUUGCCAACAAACGCAAGGCCCUUGAUGGUCCACCGGCAGCUGGUCGACCGACGAAAUAUAUGCGGCGAGGGGACAUUGAGCGGCUGAAGGAGGAACAGGAACGCAAGGACAAGGAGGAGAAGGAGGCAAAGCAGAGGGAAGAGAGAGAACGCAAGGAGCGCGAAGAGGCAGAGAAAGCCACUCGGAGAGCAAAAGCUCGUAGGCAUUCAUCUUCCAUGUCUCCUCGUCCAGACGGUCUGAGGGACACUGCAUCACCGGAGCCUUCGUCUCAGACAUCGUUCAACAUUUCUAAUGAGGAGGCCGUUCGUCGUCUACGAGCCAAGGGCCAGCCUAUAUGCCUUUUCGGUGAAUCCGACAAAGACCGUCGGUUACGUCUUCGUGCACUUGAGCUUAUCGAGGAGAAGGAACAUGAACGACACGGCGGCCAGAACGACUUCAAAAAGGCGCUCGAAGAUGUCGAGAGUCGUGUUCACAAGGAAGAGGAUGUCGAGAAGGCGCGGAAGAAAGAGGGCAAGGAGAGCAGAGAUAACGGUACAGAAAUCCUCGACCUCGAACUCGUCAAGACAGACCCGGACAAGUUGUAUCCCAUCAUCUACUAUGCCCUCAAACGAACACUCAAGGAAUGGGAGGAGUGGAUGGACAAUCGACCAGAAUCGGUCAAGCGCACUACUCAGGGCAAAUUGGCAGCAGCCACCCAACGUCAAUCGGCGGAAUAUCUAAAGCCCUUGUUCAAACUGCUCCGUUCAAGGUCACUACCUCCGGACAUGCUUCUACGAGUAUCCGAAAUCGUGCAUUACAUGCAGAAACGGCAGUACCAAAAAGCGAACGAUUCCUACCUCCGUCUGUCCAUCGGAAACGCGCCCUGGCCUAUUGGGGUGACGAUGGUUGGUAUCCAUGAGCGUUCGGCACGCGAAAAAAUUUCUGCAGACCAAGUCGCCCACGUCUUGAACGACGAAGUCAGCCGAAAAUACAUCCAGUCUCUCAAACGGUAUGUCAUGCCCGCAUCUUGCUCUCAUGCUAAAUCGACAAAGAAGCUCAUUGUUUGUUUCUGUACUGCUGCAUCUGCCGGCGUCAGGCUGUUGACGUUUUCACAGACCAAGUACCCGCCAGACGAUGUCACGCAGCUCAUGGGAUAGUCGUCAUCUCUAUUGUUGUUCUGCUUCACAUCGUUGUCCCGUCAACUUCCUUUUCCUGUUUGAUGAACGUCUUACAUCUUGGAUGGUCAAGUCGCCGUUAAUUCCAAUCUCUGGUGUACCGCUAGUGGUACCUGUACUGGUAUCGCCGCUUUACUAUUACAGUUUGUACUUUUACGUUGCUUUUGGAGAUUUCUCACCUGUAUCAUACUACCACCGCGCAAACUCGUAAUAGCAUUUUCAUAUCCCUUCAUUUCGGCGCCGCAAUGAGAGUCUAACUGGUUGUCUUUGUAUCCACCAGGCAUCGUGACUCGUCCAACUCGAGCCUCCAAUCUCGUGCAGUGCCAGUGGUCAUCAAACCCAAACGUGAAUCAGUCUGAUGCAGUUGGACACUUGUCAGUGAUCUGUCGCUGACAACUAGGGACCGAUAUCUUCACGCUCAAGAUUUUGGGAAACCAUGUCAGCAGUUGUGAUGAAGAGGCGAAGAAGAUUGUGGCGUUGUUAUCCAACAUCCACACGUUGGGUUUUCAGCUUGUAUCUCAAUGUCGCAACAGACACUGCUAGCCAGGUUGAAGAUUCAAUCUCCGUGCACCAUAUGGUCUGCAAGCACUACUUCCUGCGAGUCCGCCAGAAACGGCUGCAGGAGAAUUGAAUGUCCGGUCGGGUCACUCGUCAAAGCCAAGAGACAACUCAAUGGUACAUUUUGAAUUCAACAAGGUAUGACAGAUGUAUGAGGGUCAGGGCACUCGGAAGGGCAGAGGGUCAUGUUAUACUUGCCUUUGUACAUUACCUGUCGAAGCAUACACGUACGGAGACACCAGCCUAAUACUUACGCAUAAUGGAUAGAUGAGACA